AAUGGUACACAACAAUGGGCAAGGCGUGUUUUGACUGUCCCUUCAACAUGAGUGACUGCGCGCGCCCACACUGCGCCUCCGCGGAUGGCUUUGAGCGCGCCAUCGUCACCGUGAACCGUAGACUGCCUGGCCCUGCUAUUCACGUCUGCCAGUGGGACGAGGUGGUGGUGGAUGUGGUGAACGAGCUGGGCAGUGACUCCACCACAAUACACUGGCACGGCAUUCACCAGCGAGGCACCCCUACAUGGACGGAGUGCCAUUUCUAACCCAGUGCCCCAUUCCAGCUGGCACUACUUUUAGGUAUCAUUUUCUGGCAGACCAGCCGGGGACGCAGUACUGGCACUCACACUCAGGGUUCCAGCGGACAGACGGGAUGUUCGGGGCCCUGGUGGUGAGGCAGCCCCGGGAGGAUGACCCACAGGGGGCCCACUACGACCUGGACGCCCCACAACACACCCUGGUGCUCACUGACUGGCUGGAUGGACUGGGCGUGGCAAAAUUUGUGAACCAUCAUCAUACUGAGCAUGACAACAAGCCGUACACACUGCUGGUGAACGGGCACGGCAAACACGUACUGCACAAGAGAGGCGAGGAGCGGGCGUACACACCUGUCUUCGAGGCCACCGUCAUACCUGGCAAGAGGCACCGUUUCAGGGCGUUAAGUAACAGCAUUCAGAACUGUCCCAUUGUCAUCUCGAUAGACAAUCACACACUCACGCCCAUUGCCACGGACGGACACCCCCUCCAGCCCAUCGAAGUGGACUCCCUCACGAUCUACGGAGGGGAAAGGUGGGACUUCGUGGUGAACGCCAGCCAAGACACCGCGCCCUAUUGGUUCAAGUUCCAGGGAAUGUUAGACUGUGAUGAUCGAUUUAAGGCCGCUCACCAGGUGGCGGUGCUGCGGUACGAGGGGUCAGCGGGGUUGCCUGGCAGUCUGGAGGAUGUCAACUACCAAAUGACCAUAAGGGAAGGUCUGGAGCUGAAUAAACUCAACGCAGCGCCCGGAGAUGGAACAUUUAUCACGGCGGCGGAGAUCAGAGGAGCGGAGGCGGCGAGGGACGUGUCGCGGGAGCCUGACUACAAAUUUUGGCUCGAGUUUGAUUUCUACGGGAAGGACAACCCUGCUUUCCACCACCCUGACCUUUAUGGCUUUAAUGAAGUGAGGAAGGAACACCGCCUCUUUACGCCCCAAGUCAAUGAGAUCUCCCUUAAGCUCCCCAACGCCCCGCCGCUCUCUCAGCCUGACGACGUGGACUACAGCGCCUUUUGCAACGCCACCCACAGGAGGAAUUGUGUGCGGGACUAUUGCCACUGUCCACACGUGCUUAAUGUGGAGAGAGAUAGCCUGGUGGAGCUGGUGUUGGUGGAUGAAGGUGUGGUCUAUUGGGCUAAUCAUCCUUUCCAUCUGCACGGACACGCAUUUCAAGUACUGGCAAUGGGAAGGAUGGGUGAAAACACGACGAAGGCUGAUGUACAAGCGCUGGACCAGGCAGGGGAGCUGGCGAGGAAUUUUGACAACCCCCCCACCAAGGACACGGUAACGGUGCCUGACGGGGGUUUCACUGUGAUUCGCUUCUUUGCUUCGAACCCUGGCUACUGGCUCUUCCACUGCCACAUAAGCUUCCACAUUGAAGUCGGAAUGGGCCUUGUAUUCCACGUGGGAGGAUCAGACACGCUUCCACCUCCUCCACCCAAAUUCCCAACAUGUGGACACUGGACUCCGAAGGUGGAGGAGAAUCUCAAACAAAAAGUGGAUAAAUACUUCAAAAACCUUAAUGGAAGUGUAGAUGUGAGUGUGGAUCUUCUCUCUCAAGGUGGAGGGAAGGUGGAGUCACAGGCCAAGCUACUCCACCCUAUCUUGCCCAAACCUGCAGCUGGUGGAGGAGGAGGUGGAGGAGGAGGUGGAAGAGGUGGAGGUGACAGUGGUGGUGCCCAGAUUGUGUUUUCCUUACCAGUGUGGAUUGUGUGUGUGUUCGUGUGUGUGUGUGUGUUUAGAGAGUGACUGUGUGUGUGUGUGUGUGUGUGUGUGUGUGUGUGUGUGUGUGUGAAUCCUCGUAAUAAACUAAGGAAUAAGAUUAAUGAUGAUGAUGAUGAUGAAAAUAACUUCCUCUUCUUCUUCUUCUUCUUCUUCUUCUUCUUCUUCUUCUUCUUCUUCUUCUUCUUCUUCUUCUUCUUUGUCUUCUUCGUCUUCUUCUUUUUCAUAAAUCAUCAUCAUCAUCCCCCACACCCUCCUCCUCCUCCUCCUCCUCCUCCUCCUCCUCCUCCUCCUCCUCCUCCUCCUCCUCCUCCUCCUCCUAUUACUUGAAGCAUUCCACUUAACUGCUCUAACUACCUAAUUAAUCUUACACUAAUACACGUAGUCGUUAAUUAAAGCACAAAUGUUUAUUCCAGAUAGAGAGAGAGAGAGAGAGAGAGAGAGAGAGAGAGAGAGAGAGAGAGAGAGAGAGAGAGAGAGAGAG